GCCGUGUCAUUAGCAAAUUUGAAAGGAUACAUUAUUUUGGAUUAUAUAAACGACCCCAGAGGUGUUACAGGUUAUCAUUUCAAACAUUGCCUUUCCUGAGUUUGUAGGCCCAGUCCUAGCCAAAAAUCUAGCAAAAUGUUCCGACUUUUGAUCGUCUCCGCCCUGAUCGCCACGAGCUUUGCUCGUAGCCUUUCGGAAGAAGCCCACGCCAACAUUUUGUCCUACAACAACGUUCUCCACGACGAUGGUCACUACAACUGGGCGUUCGAAACCAGCAACGGAAUCGCAUUCCACGAGGAAGGACUCGGUGCCCACCAAGCCAACGGAGCGUACUCUUACACCGGACCAGAUGGUGUCCAAUACCGUGUGAUCUACGUCGCCGAUGAGAAUGGAUUCCGUCCAGAGGGAGCUCAUCUGCCAACUCCACCACCGACCCCAGAGCACGUAAUCAAGUCUCUGGAAGAGAUCCGUGCCAACCCACCCAAGGACCAGAAGGACUUCAGUCUGGAAGCUCUGGAUGCCACCAUCCGUCGACUAAAGCAGUAAAACCGCUGAUAUAAUCAAAUUAACUGUGACUGUUUGUUUCUAGUGCAAUCGUUAUUAGCUGUGUAGGUAGCUCAAAUCUAACAAGAAUAGAACAUGUUUUGAAAUUCA